GCGCAAGUGCAAGCAACCAACGCCGCCCCCGCGGUCUCCGCCUCUCUCUGUGUGUCUCUUUCUGCCUCCCCCGAAUCGCGUCGGACCCCUCUCCUCGUCUCGCGAAACCCUCGCCAUGGCGGAGGCGCCCGAGAACGCCGCCCCCACCCCCACCCCGACCCCGCCGGCGCCGGCGACCUCGUCCCCGCCUCCCAAGUCGGGGAUCCCGCCGCGGUACGAUCUGGACGCCAAGUGGGACGCGUGCCUCGACCUCUCCAUCCGCCGCGUCGCCUACUCCUCCCUCGCCGGCGCCUUCGCGGGCCUCCUCCUCUUCCGUAGCCCUACUACUCGCUGGGCUUCAGUUGCCCUUGGAGCUGGUGUGGGGGUAGGAGCUGCAUACACGGAAUGCUCAUACUUAUUCAAUGGUGCUCCUCCAAAGUGGUCCCCCAAAGUAGGGACUGUUCCUUCUGCCUACUCUGAAGGGGAGGACAAGUAAUCGCUGCCCGUUGAAUCGGUCCAUCUUGAUGGAGUUUUGGAGUGUUCUUGAAGUGAUUGUUUCGUGUUGGAUACCAGGCUACCCCUCUGGCCAUAGUAUGCCAUUAAAGUUAGAUGUGACUCACUUCUGAGUUUUGUUUACACUUGUGCAAACCUAUUCCAAUUGUGGUCUGGUGACCGGGAUGCACACUGCAUGAGCUUUGUAAGCUUUCUUGAAAUGACGGCUUGGUGGCCAGGAAUAAGUUUUUUUAUCAUGUGAACUAGUUCGCAGCAUGCAUGCGCGUUACAUUGGUGUACGCAUUAUUACUCAAUUCGUUUCGGGUGUGCCGUGUGCGCCUUAAGCUUAUCUGUAUACAAACUUGAGUGAUGAUCACUCAUUUCACUUUGUUCCAUGCGUACUCCAUGUGACUUUUUGAACUGUAA